AUGGAAAGAUUUUCAAGCACAUUUUCCAUUUCGCCAACCUAUAGCACCCUCUCUAGCGAGCAAACCGAUAUGGGUACUGAGGAGAACUUGACAGGUGUUGCAGCUGGUGAUACAGCUUCAUCGGGCACUUCAAUUGGAACAUUUUCAAACGAUUUUGAGCCAAGAACGGAAUCAACUUGGUCGGAAGACGAUUACACUUCUAGCAGUGAGAUAUUGAGUGAAGUUACACAGUUUCCAGCCACUGACACAAGCGAUUCUAAGCAAAGAGGAAAGAUUGGAACAAUUUUUGACACCUUGGAUAACCAAAUGACAUUGAAGACAAGGUCCGGAGCGUUCACGACAGUGUUGGGUAGUGGAUAUGCCGAUUCCACUAAUCCCUUUUUUGAUUCACAAGAUGGAAUUAUCUCUGAAAUUGGAGCAAGUAUCACGAUAGGGGAGUCUUCGGAGUCGUCAAGGAAAAUUACUGAGGAAGAAGAAGAGAACAUAACAUCGGAAUCAACUUAUGAGGAACACACACUGGCAACUGAGAAGCUUAAGGAAAAAGAAGAGGAGAAACAGAGACCACCAAUGACGAGUACACUGACAACAAAUGAGAAUCGUCAUGUAACACAUGCUUCUUCUUCUUCUGCUUUUACAAGAAAAGAAACCACUAAAACCUCAACUUCGGAAGCCUCUAGUCAACUAGAACUGUCUGACAAACCUUUGUCUCCAAAAGUAGACUCUACAUGGACGGACAUCAGCGAUUUCUACUUGUCAACAAAUCAGGUGUACACAAAUACACUGGAGGACAUUAACCCAAACAAGGGUUCAACUCACUACAACUUAGAGGAUACGGUAACUGCGAUAUCCACGUCAUUGUAUGAAAGACAAGAGAUAAGCACUGAAUCUGCUACUCCAAUUGCUGGUCAAAACACCGAAGCCACAAGCACAGCGGAGAGCCGAAGUUUCUAUCCUCAAGCGACAUCGAUAUCACAGGAACCUUUAGAGGAUGUUACCAGCCUAGGCAGAAGUGAAUACUUGGAUUCCGAAGCAAGACUGACGUUAAAAGGGCCUACUCAUAAUCCUGUGACCGGAAGCAAGGAAGUAUCUAUCGAUUCACAUGCGACUGAGACGGAGUCUUCAAAUUACGAAGAAACGGCUACGACAAAACUCGAAGGAGAAAAAAGUCGUACAAAACGAUUUACUCGUCAUAAGGCUACAAUCACAGGCACAGGCAGGAAAACCAGUAUGGAACUGCUUGAGACCAGCACAUCUGAGUAUCGAGAAACUACAACGUCCGCCAUAUCAGAUGAAUCUGAUGAUAUGGCUUACAUAUCGAACACUGUAAGUACGGCAAGCUCUCAAAUGGUUCGCACAACAACUCCAACACUCAACUCAAUGUUGUUUACCAAAUCUAAUUCUGCACAAAGCGGCUCAUUUUCAGUGAGAAAAAUACCUGCCAGUUCAUCUUUGCCUAGCACCUAUACGACCAAUGGAAUGUUAACUUCCUCAGCGGAAGAAUUCGCAGCUUCAAGCAUAGGAACUGAAUUGGUGUCACCUAUGACCGAUUCCAAAGAGCUGGGCAGGAUGAACCCGGACACAACCGCCUACACAACGGAGUUAAUGUCAUCAAGACUGCUCAAUUCGAGGCCUUCGAGCGAAUUCUAUUCAAGUGAUACAAGCAAAGCGUACGAUGUUUCUUCUUCUUCGCAGACAGAGAAAGAUACGACUUCUGCUUCCAGUUCAGUGGGAACAACGGACUUUAUCUCAACAGGGGCCUUCUCAACAGAUGAUAAACAUUCUACAUCGAUGCCCUUCACAAGCACCAUCACUUCUGGUCUUAAUUCAACAAGACUGUCAGAAAGGCUUAGUUUUCUCACCACAGCACUACUUUGGCUUUCAACUGCAUAUUUGAAGACUCAAAGUGAUUACAACGCAUCUUCUUACUUUGCGACUAACCAUUCGACAACAGCCAGAGGACGUACAUACUUUACGCCUUCUGCAGCAGAAAUCACUAUUCCAGUCUCUACCGAGGAGACAAGCCAUUCCUUUUUACAGGAACUAUUUACGAGCGGACUAAAUACAAUAUCCCAGCUCCUGCAAAGCUCAUCGAACCUAUCGCGAAAGUUUCAGACAACCACAGCAGUGUUGAAAAGUAGUAAUGACCUCACAGAACGCUUCGUACAAGUUGAUAAUCAAUCUCGGUUAACAUCCUCAGAGAUGGCAGGAACUUCGACUUUUCCAGCUCUUCCACACCGCAAGCCAACACAUUUGAUAAAAGAUACAACCACGGAAAGGUGGACUACUGAAUUAGCGCAAAGAGAUCGAUGUGCAUCUCCAUGUCCUUCUGACUACGAACAAGGAAAAGAGUUCUGUUAUAAAGUCCUUCAUGCGAAAAAGUCGGUAACGUACAGAAGAGCAGCCUUCGCCUAUUUUUCUGAUUGUGCCAACGAGGGUUGGUAUUCCUCGCGAGUAGCUUCUCCGCCAGAGGAAGGCUUGUGA